AUGGCAUCGUCUACGAGGAGGAGGACCAGGAUCGUCUGCAUCUCGGAUACUCAUAAUUGCACGGUCAAACUUCCCAAGGGAGAUGUCCUCAUUCAUGCGGGUGACUUGACGAACCAGGGAAGCUAUUCCGAGCUUUCCAAGACGAUAGCCUGGUUGGAAAAGGCAGACUUUGAGGCCAAGAUUGUCAUUGCGGGGAAUCAUGAUAUCACGCUAGACUCGGACUUUUACGCCGAACAUGGCAUGUACUUUCACAACAAUAACCCUCAGUCGUCAGAAGAGUGCCUCGGACUGUUUGCCUCAUCUUCGAUAACAUAUCUCUAUCACGAAUCGGCUACCAUCCGCCUGAGAUCACCCACAGGACCACACACGGAAUUCAAGGUCUUUGGGUCUCCCUACUCUCCACGUCACGGAUUGUGGGCAUUCUACUAUGACGCCCCAAAGAACCACAGCAACUGGUCCGAUCUGACCUCACUCUGGGAGCUCAUCCCCCUCGACACGGACAUCGUCGUGACGCACACGCCCCCGCGGACGCACUGCGACGAGACGGAUGAGCGUCGAGCUACCGGCUGCGAGGCUCUGCGGCAGGCCCUCUGGCGCGUGAGGCCACAGCUUGCCGUCUGCGGGCACAUCCAUAGCGGAAGAGGCGCCGAGCGGGUGACGUGGGACCUGAGCUGUCGAAACGUCGCCUACCAGGAAGAGAGCGUCGUCCGCUGGCAGGAUCCAGGCCAGGGGAACAAGACGAGCUUGGUAGAUCUCACCGGGAAGAAAGCUCCCUCGCUCGCCAACGACGGAUCUUACCCAGGCCGAUCUGGGUCAACUGCAGGAAACGUUGACGCAAUGACUCCCUCCGAUCCCAUCACCGCGGCGGACAGUCCUCCAUAUACCUUUGGACCAGAUGUCGAAGCCAGCCACGGGACCCUCGGACUGGGUGGCGAUCCGUCGUCUCCGCGGUGCGAUCAGGCCGCCCUCGCUGGCAGGAUGGGUCGUCGAGAGACGUGUGUGGUAAACGCCGCCAUCAUGAAGAGCCGGUAUCCGCACGUAGGCGGCAAGCAGUUCUACAAGCCCAUCGUGGUCGAUUUGGAUCUUCCUGUUUGGGACGACGAGAGCCCCUGA